UUACGCAAGCACACAAGAUUAUCCCGAAGAUGCCAAUGGCUUCUUUCGAAAAGUGUCACGUCCUUACUCUUGCUCGUGCGACCUUAGCUCUCAAUUCCAUUAGAGAACUAAGCAACCUUUUCUCAAACUCUCGUGCAAGCAAAGAAAGCAAGAAGAAAGACAAAGAAGAUGGGAGAACUCUCUAGUAUGUAUUACUCUAUAAAAAUGAUGGAAUUAUUUCCAAGUGAGGGAGAUGACUCCUCAUAUAGACCUCUUCUCAUAAAAGGCAUCAAUGCCCCUCAUAAUGUCUCUCCUCUACAUCAAUACACUCAUUAAGUUCCCCCAUAAUGCACUCUAAUAAUGUCACACAUUAUGUGACUCAUCAUAAGUGCAACAUUAAGCACUCAUUUAGGUGGAGAAUCCUGGAGGCAUCUCUUUGCUUCUAGUCUUCCAUCUUGCCACAUGCACAUGCCAUGUUGCCACCUUGUUGGCGCUAUGUCAUCUGCCACAUGUGACAAAACCCACCGACAAAUUUCAGUAUUAGGAAAUUUGAACAUAAUAAAUCAAUUACCUAACCAAGAAACCCGCACCUCACCAUCUCUUCCUAAGAGUCAGUUCGCCCAAUACCUAAUUGCAUAAAUCGACGGUAGACGCCUAAGGAACUGACCAACCAAACUAUGCUCCCAUACCUUCGCUCCUUUUUCGAUGACCUUGAGUGGAAUCCGAAGAGACCCAUUCACAUACUCUGCCUCAAUAUAAUGUAAUCUAUUUUCAGGAGCUAUACCAAACAAGGAUGUCCAUGAUCGACCGUCACCAACGGCAACAACACCAUCGGUGACGACCGCCAUGAGAGAAAAAAGUGACGCGAUUAGGUAUCGAUUUUAGAGAGAAAAUAGAGAGAACAAUUCCAAUUUUUGUAUGUGAAUUUUUAAUAACUUGAGAUUGAUUAAUGAUUAAAGAAGUUCUUUUUCGAAUUAUGGACAGAGUGGUGUGGCAGUGGAGACUGGAGAGCAGCAGGCAGCAGUGGUCCUCUUUCUCCUUUUUCCUCUGUAAUGGCCGUUCUUUUGGUUUCUUUUCUAUAUUUUAAGGGUAAGACAGAAUGUCCUUCUCUCUCUUACUUUCUCGGACUUUGGACUCUAAUGGAGCCCCGCCCCGAGUCAUGGACACUUUUUUUUCUCUCUCUCUGCCCUUGGCCCUUGCGACUGCCACACUACGGCGCUUUACUACCAUUCUCCUGCGACUCUUUUCUUCCCCAGCUUAGUGCUACAAUCACCAUUAGCAAUGGCGGGAUUAAACAAACUCCACUUCCGCGCCUGAUUACCCUUUCUUCUUUCUAGGGUUCCCCCUUUUCUACCCCCGCCGCCCACCCCACUUCCAUUUGUUCCCUCUCCUCAUCCUUCUUCGCAUUUUCAAUUUUUCAUGGGAGCAAGUUAGCUAACUUUCACUAGUAGCUUACUGCAACCAUGCUCUGCUUCAAAUUCUUCCUCUUCCUCCUCCUCCUGGCCUCCGCCGCCGGCGUUCACUCUCUUGACCCGACGCUGAACGAUGACGUUCUGGGCCUAAUCGUCUUCAAAGCGGGACUCAGCGACCCUCAUUCCAAGCUCGUUUCCUGGAACGAAGACGACCCGACUCCCUGCAACUGGGUCGGAAUCCAAUGCAGCCCGGUUACCAGUCGGGUCACUCAUCUCCUUCUCGACGGAUUUUCCCUCUCCGGCCACAUUGGCCAUGGCCUCCUCCGUCUCCCGUUCCUCCGGAUUCUUUCCUUGUCCAGAAACAACUUCACUGGCGAGAUAAACCCCGAUCUUCCUCGCCUGCUCCCAGGUCUUCGGGUCGUCGACUUGACCGACAACCACCUCUCCGGGGAAAUCCCCGACGGCUUCUUCCAGCAAUGCGGCUCCCUCAGGUUCGUUUCCUUCGCCAGAAACGACUUAACCGGCCGGAUUCCAGCUUCCUUGACAGCUUGCUCCACGCUCUCGACGCUCGAUUUCUCCUUCAACCGUCUCUCAGGUGAACUUCCCACUGGUUUGUGGUCUUUGACUGGGAUUAAAUCUCUUGAUUUGUCUGAUAAUUCGCUGGAGGGAGAGAUUCCUGGAGGAAUUUCGAGCUUGCCCGAUUUGAGAACCGUUAGUUUCAGGAAGAACAGCUUCUCCGGCCAGCUCCCGCCUGAUAUAGGAAGCUGCCCGGCUGUGAAAGAAGUCGACUUCAGUGAGAACUCCCUAUCUGGUCCCUUACCGGAGACAUUGCGCAAGCUUAAGUCCUGUGUGUCUCUGAGUCUCGCCGGAAAUUCAUUCACAGGACAAGUCCCCCAUUGGAUAGGAGAACUCACUAGCCUAGAAAGUCUGGAUCUUUCUGCUAAUAACAUUUCCGGCAUUGUUCCCACCUCAAUAGGCAGACUUAGUCAGCUGAAGCAUUUGAAUCUGUCAAUGAACCAGCUCCUGGGAGAUUUGCCAGAGUCUAUUUCCAGUUGCCGCAACCUUUUCAGCCUAGAUGUCAGUCGCAAUCAGCUUGCCAGUAGUAACCUAUCUUCAUGGCUGUUCAACUUGGCUGCUCUUCACAACCUCGAGGCGUUAAAUCUGUCUUCAAAUGCCCUCUCUGGUGAAAUCCCUCCCAGCAUUGGUGCUCUCGCUAGCUUGCUGGUGCUUGAUCUAAGUUCGAACAUGUUGAAUGGAACCAUACCUUCUGAAAUUGGUGCAGCAGUUUCACUAGUGAAACUCAACUUGAAUAACAACUUGCUCACAGGCAACAUUUCGUCUGAUAUCAACAACUGCUCCUCUCUAACAUCCCUAAUCUUGUCAAAGAACAAACUCACAGGUCCAAUCCCAGCAGCCAUUGGAGACCUCACCAGCCUCGAGUUCAUCGACCUAUCUUUCAACAACUUCACCGGUACCUUGCCCAAGGAGCUAACCAAUCUCUCCCACCUCUUAUCCUUCAACAUAUCUCACAACAACUUGCAAGGAGAGCUCCCAGUUGGUGCUUUCUUCAAUUCCAUCCCACCUUCAUCUGUAUCACAUAACCCUUCAUUAUGUGGAUCCGUAGUCAAACGAUCAUGCCCUUCCAACCAUCUCAAGCCAAUAGUCCUUAACCCCGACUCUGCAUCAUCCGACUCAUCUCCCGAUUCCUCAUCGAGCCAUCACUAUCAUCGAAAAGUCGUGCUAAGCAUCUCGGCUCUGAUAGCAAUCGGUGCAGCCGCCUUCAUCACCCUCAGCGUUAUAGCUAUCACCCUCCUCAACAUCCACGUCAGAUCGUCCAUCUCACGCACAGCUGCAGCAGCAGCAGUAGCAUUCUCCGGUGGUGGCGAAGACUUCAGUUGUUAUUCGUCCGGUAGUGAUUCAAACUAUGGCAAGCUCGUCAUGUUCUCUGGAAAGGCCGAUUCUCUUGCCGGUUGUCAUGAUUUGCUCAACAAGGACUUCGAAAUCGGGCGUGGCGGGUUUGGAGUCGCUUACAAGACUCUGCUCCAAGAUGGUCGAUCCGUGGUUAUCAAGAAGCUAGCAGUUUCGAGUCUGGUGAAAUCCCAGCACGAAUUCGAGAGAGAAGUGAAGAAGCUUGGGAAAGUGAAGCACCGUAAUCUCGUGGCGAUGGAAGGCUAUUACUGGACUCCGUCGCUGCAGCUUCUCAUUCACGAAUGUGUAUCCGGGGGAAGCUUGUAUAAGAAUCUUCACGAUGAAGCAAGUAGGUGUCUACCGUGGCGGCAGAGGUUCAAUGUGAUUUUAGGAAUGGCGAGGGGGAUUGCACAUUUGCAUAGCAUGGAUGUUGUUCAUUACAAUCUGAAAUCGAGUAAUGUGCUGAUGGACGAAGGCGGCGAGGCCAAGGUAGGGGAUUUUGGGCUGGCAAGGUUGCUGCCCACGCUGGACAGAUGCAUUCUGAGCGGGAAAGUGCAGAGUGCUUUGGGGUACGUGGCGCCGGAGUUUGCUUGUCGGACGGUGAAGAUAACGGAGAAGUGUGACGUGUAUGGAUUUGGGAUCUUGGUCUUGGAGGUGGUGACCGGGAAGAGACCGGUGGAGUACAUGGAGGAUGACGUGGUGGUUCUGAGUGAUGUAGUGAGGAGAGAGCUGGAAGAUGGGAGGUUGGAGGAAUGUGUCGAUGUUAGGCUGAGAGCUGAAUUCCCUGCGGAUGAGGCGAUUCCGGUGGUGAAGCUUGGGCUGAUUUGCGCGUCUCAGGUGCCGUCGAAUCGGCCGGAUAUGGAAGAGGUUGUGAAGAUCUUGGAGUUGAUACAAAGUCCUGCAGAUGGUCAAGAGCUGAUGGAGUGAUUAGCAAAUAGAUCUUGUUUAUUCGAAACCACAUAUUCGUAUUCUGUACACUGUUUGACAGUUAAUCUGUAACCCAUUUUGCUUUGAGCCUGAACUCGUUCCACUUUCAAAUCUUUGUUUUGAAAUUCAGUGAUGGAUUAUUCUAAAACGAUUCACAAGAGGCGGAGGCGGCUUAUGACGUCGUUGUUUCCAACUGAAUAAGUCUGUGAUGAGAAAAGGUCUCACUAGCUCAUAAUUCUCUUCGAAUAUCAUAUUUCUAGACCAACUAUCGGACUUGUUUACAGCUUCACUUCCCUCUUUCUUUUGGAUUGCAAUAUAAACGGCUUUCAGUAAUAUAAAAAAACAACGUAAAAUUUUACAGAAGGCCAUGAAACAUCUCCCACCGGCCACCUCAGUUAUGAGAUGACAAGUAUCUGAAGCACAUCUCUAGGCGCUCAUAUGAUUACACAACUACAAAAACCGUCGAAAACAACAGCAAACCUUUUCAGAACGAUUUACAUUUGAAACUCGGACCAAUAAAAUCAUCUACUUCUU